AACGUCAGCGACACUGUAAACCCCUUCCCAACUAAUGAAAGCUAACCUCUGAUCUAUGAGCUGUUUGGAAAAGAAGUUACAACGAAAUUAGUUAUUUUAUAGUCCUAGGCAAAUUAUGAUUUAAACGGCUGUUGUAAACCCGCGACCUAUAAGUACUCAACAAGUUCGCAAUGAAAAACAGGAGGAUGAAUUUGGGGAUCUAAACACCAGGUAAAUUUUCAGUGGUUCAAUGAAGAGAAAAAAAGAAAGAAGACCAGCUCCAUCUAAAGAAAAUGCCUUUAGCAUUGAAGAAAAGGCUACCUGAGUAUGAAUUUUAUAGAGAAUUUAAUAACACUACCAGAAGUUUUAAAACAUUGCUUUGUUUCAGUCUGAAUCGGGAAAACAAGACACUUUGGGAUCUUUGGGGAUAUACGUACAAUGAUCCAUGCCAAAGCCACGCAGAAAGCAUUGUGUUGAAAGAAAUAGAGCGUUUCUUUAAAGAAAAUCAUCCAGACACAGUUCAAAAGUACAAACUGACAUUGUAUAUGUCUUUCAGCCCUUGCUAUAAGUGCUGUGAAAGCUUGGCUAACUUUCUGAAAUCAGAAGAAAGAAUUGAUCUACAUGCAAGAGCCUCAAAACUAUACUUCUCUCAGAACUCUAGCAAUCAGAAAGGUCUGCAGCAGCUCAAGCACCUAGGGGUCUCCUUAAAGGUGAUGGACAAGGAGGAUUUUCAGGACUGUUUCUAUUUGUUUGUCAAUGAGCUGAAGCAGUUUGAAGAGUGGCCUGAUCUGGAAAAAAUGAGUGUAGACUAUUCUGCUGCUCUGGAAGCCAUUUUGAAUCAGUGUGAAACAAAUACAGACUCGGGAAACGUCUCUGCAGACAUUGCUGCACUGGAGAGCAGUCCACUUCACACAGAUCCCACUGGUCACUUUGAUCAUGCAGAGGACAACCUGGCCCCUGACAACAAUAACAGAGACAGGCCGUCUAAGAGUGAAACUCCACACAAACACAGCAUUAAAGAUGGAUGGGUUGGCAGUUCUAAAGGAGUUAAAAGGAAGCUUUCUUUUGAAGAUUAAAAAGAAAGACCUCAACCUAUACACACCGUUUGGAUGACAAUUGUCAAGCUCAUGUAAUACACAGUGUUUCCUGUAGAUAUCAAAUGCACAAAUAAAGAAAGGGGUUGAUUAGAUCAACAGACAGUCCAAGAUAAAGCACAGAUGGAAUUUGUAUAAUUUACAGCACUGGAGAAUCAUUCUGGAUUGCAUGAACCAUACCUACUGUAUCUCUGCUGAAGGUUACCCCUAAACAUAAGCCAUGUCCUUUGCCCAGUACUGCAAGUGCUCUAAGAAUCCUGUGGCUGGGUAUGUGGAUCAAUUCAACCCAUUUUAUAAAAUGUUACAAGAAGACACUUAUGUACAGAUGUAUUUGUUGUAAAAAAUAGACCAUCAAUGAGAGAUCUGUUUUAUAAAUGUAACUUGCUUUAAUCUGGCUACUCCUUUUUGACAGGUAUAAAAUAUUAUUUUGACAUCAUAUAUGAUUUUGCAGUAGACUAUAAAUAGUAUUAUGACACUGUGAUGAAAACAGUAGAUAUACACGUAUUAUACUGACCCCAUAUCACGGCAAUACUUUAUGAAGAUGAUAUACCACAGUGGCAGAAAACAAUUUAUUUUAGUCCUUUACUACAAACAUGGCUCUUUAUUAUUAGGGAAGUCACUGGCAGUGUCUUUGCUGUCUUGUCUAAUUUAGGUUGGGAAAUAACUAGUUUUUAACAAUCUAAAGAAUAAUUUGUUAACUGUUUUAUAUUGUUGUUGAUCUUUCAUUGAAUGGAAUGAAUUAUGAAAUUAUGUAUCAUCAUUUCUUUUGGCUCUAGAAAUUAAGAGGUGAUGCUUCUCACCGCACUCCGAAAUACCAAUGUAAAAUCGCAUCCUUACUAGUUUAUGAAUGUUGUAGAGGCACUUUUUCAUACCUUUCUUACCACAAAAGCACAAUAUGGCUAUCAGAAUACAUACAUAUGCCUGACAUGUCAAACUAUUGAACAAAGGGAAAAUAAAAUGUAAAAUGUCUGACUUAUCUAUUUGCAUUCAAUAUUCAAUAGCACCUCAUGUAUUCAGGUACAGUAGCUCAUACAUGUCGGCAACAAUGCUGGUGUAAUGUGUAAUGCAUUUCUUGCAAACAUUUGCAGGGUGUUCUGUAACACAUUAUAUUAUAUUACUCUCUGAAAAAAAUGUUUUUGCAUUUUAUCCUUCUUAAAAAGGUUCCUGACUAUGUUCUGUAUGGUUUAAAUGUGACACUUCCUUGUG